GACGACCCGCAAGUCGUGAUCGGGGCCAGCGAGGGCCAUGGCGUGCCCAUCAAGCGCAGCAUUGCCGAGCUGUACAUCCGCGUCUUCUCGCACAUGCCGAUCGACGAGGUCAUCGAGCGCAAGAACAGCAAAUCGCCCGAGGACAGCCACUUCAGGCAGCAGGUGCAGCAAGCGGAAACUUCUUGGGCGAACCGCGCCAACCGCACCGCGCUUGACACGGUCGGCCUCACGGCGCGCGGCGACAGCGUCUCGGUGGACUGCGGCAGCGUCGUCAAGGUGAAGCGCAAGGUUGCCGUCCUCAACAAGGCUGACUUCAAGUACUACCAUGACGGCCACGAGCCCUUGCAGCGCCUGGUGCGCCACCACCCCACGAUGCUGCUUCCAGUUCGGGGCGGCGCAGCGGGGGAGACCGAAAAAGUAUGGCUGUUCGAGCUCUUCCCUGGGGCGCGUCGCACCAUGAGCUUUGCCACGUUCCACAAGGUCACCGCUGGGGCGCACCCCGUGCGCCCAGACGACGUGUUCUACGAUGGCCAGGUCCUCGAUUUCUUGAACUCGGGGCUCAGCAACCAGAAAACAGAAUUCGAUUCGGAGCUGGUUGCGAAGGACUUGCCGUGCAUCAGCGCCACGAGGGGGAAGCUCGACCUGGCCCCGAUCAAGCUCCACACCGCCGAGUUCAGGCGCUUCUCUUUGAAGAGCCCAGGGUCAGGUGACAAUGAGGCCUCGCCUGGCGGCCCCGAUGACGACACCUUGGACGAUGCAGCGUCUCUGGCGGCUUCUACUGCGCUUGGCGUUGUCAGCACGGCGGGCGGGGACUCGAGUGGGAGGUCUGGCCCAUACAAGCACAUCAAGAAUUUGGAUUGCGAGACGGAGAUGGUGAAGGGGAACUUGGGCAACUUCCUCCACCAUGCCUCCAGGUGGUUGCGCGAGAACGGCACUAGCCCGAAGUGGUCCGCUGGCGUCCAGGAGCUGAAGGCUCAGGUCAAAAAGUUCGAGAUGGCCCACAUUGCAUCUGUGGCCCACCAGGACAACUACGGGGAUGACGAGUUGGCGAAAGCUGUUCGGUAUUUGAUCCAGAUCGACGGGGCGCUGCCCGACGCCGUGAACCUCAAACUGUGCAUGAGGGCAGCGAGGCGGAUGAUGAGCACCGUGCGGGACGCCGAUACGUUCAAGGCGUUCUUCGAAUGCACCUUGCCGCACGACCCUGGCCACGCCGCUCCAUUCGACAGCUGUUCGCCAGUAUUGAGCGCGCUGGAGAUGGACCCAGAGAUCAAGAUCACCGCCUUCAACACCUGCUUCGUGGACUCGUGGCUCUGCCCCGCCAUUGAGGCUGGCAAAGGCUCGCACUCGAUCGUCACCGCUGCCAUUGCCCAAGUUCGUGCCAAGAUUGCUGAGAUCGUAGCUUCCGACAUGCCCGAGGCGCGCGCGCGGCUAUUCUGCUCGCUCACAGAGGUCUUCGGCGCGCUGAACGUGCUCAUUGGUGACGGCGUCGCGUUGUCCCUAGAGGAGUUCAACCUGACGGUCAAGCACCGCAUCGCGCUGCUGUCCGACGCGAAGCCCAAGGACCCGAUCGCGCAGCCGGUCGCCCGAACGGUCCUCUCGGUGCCGUACUACAUGGACAUGCUCACCGACUUGUCGAAAACGUCGCGAGGUCUGAACUCCAUGGGCCCUCAAGUCGACCAGGUGCACAAUGCGUUGGCGACCGACUUGCCAGAACAUUCCAGCCCGACGGAGGAGUGGUGCGCCGUUUUCAAUGACAACGCGCUCGUAGCCAAGCGUGUGCUUGGCUCGAUGGCUGCGCUCGGCAGCUCCUUCGGGGAGAGCGUGAAGACACAGGCGCUGCACAAGGCGCAGGCGCUCGUCCAGGCCUUCGGGAAGCGCGUCGCUGAGGGGCGAGCAUCGCUGGAGGAGGCCAAGUGCUUCGGCGAGAUGGUCUCUUACCAAAGGGUCGCGUGGCACGAGGUGCCGUUCUUCCUCGAGGCCGAGGGCGACGCUGCCGAGCCGCUGGUCAAGCUCCAGUCGGAAGGGGAGAUGGUAAAGUUCAAGGCUGCAUUGCAAGAGUCCGCCGUUGCCGAGAGCUUGACGCAGGAGGUCCUGGAUGGUGCGAAGUCCGCGAUGGAGAAGGUCAGGGGCGUGGCCUGCGCCGACCAGGACGCGAUGAAUGAUUUGAAGAAGGUGGCCGACGGACGCAUCAAGAUCGCGGUGGACGCGGCUACGAACGGCGAGGUGUUGCGUUCGUCGGCGUUGGGCGCGCUUGCAGCUGCCCUGGGCCUUCUGCCGAAGUCCAGCCUCCACGACGGCGUGCUCGACGCCCUCAGGAAGCAGAGCGAGCUGGCGGCCCAGGUGGCCGACUUCAAGGCGAAACACUUCAAGGAUGACAGCUUGGACCUCGGCUCCGCGUAUCAGAAGCUCUCGGAUGAGAAGUUCCCCGGCCACGGGGGCACGGCUUUCAUCAAGCAGGGGGCGAUGGCAUUCUACGGCACGGUGCGCCCCCUGAUCGACGAGGUGGCCGAGCACGGGCUUCGCGAGAAGAUCCACACAUUCGUCAACACGACGGUGGCGGAGUUGAAGCAAGAGCAGGGCGGCCUCAAGAACGGCGCCGAGUGGACCCACGGGCUGGUCGGCGCCGCUGCCGACAAGCGGGGCAAGGCGCGCGCCGUCGGCAAGUCCACCUUGCUGGCGGAGGGCGUUGCCGUGGUCCUCCGCAAGAAG